GGGGGGUAACCAUGGCGCUGCAGUUCACCGACGCGGAUUUUCAGGAGGCAUGGAGGGAGCUGGACGAGCCCCAGAUACAGGGCGGAUGGGAGCUGUUCACCGAGAGCAUGGGGGUGAAAAUAUACCGGCGCUAUGACACGAAAACAGGUCUUUAUGAGUAUAAAGUGUUCGGCUCGCUCUCCGGCUGUUCCCCAGAUGUCUGCGCAGAUGUUUACAUGGAUCUGGACUACAGGAAGCAGUGGGACUCCUACGUCAAAGAGCUCCAUGAGAAAAACUAUGAUGGACAAAAGGCCAUUUACUGGGAGGUGAAAUAUCCCUUUCCACUCUCCAACAGGGACUAUGUGUACAUCCGGGAGCGCAGGGACCUGCAGGAGAACGGGAGAAAGAUUUGGGUGGUGUUGGCGAGGAGCUCGGCGGUGCCUCAAUGCCCAGAGAAGUCAGGAGUGAUCAGGGUGAAGGACUACAAGCAGUCCGUCGCCAUGGAGGCCGAUGGAGCCCAGGACACUAAAGUCUUCAUGAACUACUUUGACAAUCCUGGAGGGAACAUCCCGUCGUGGGUCGUCAACUGGGCGGCGAAGAGUGGAGUUCCUGGCUUUCUGAAGGACAUGCAGGACGCCUGCAGUAAAUACGCUAAUUACUGCAAGAACAAGAACUGAAGUGCACUUUGACCUCGUUCUAUCCCUCUCUCCUUCUCUCCACUUGUGUUCACCACUUGUACAUCCCUCUCUCUUUCUCUCUCUCUCUCUCUCUGGAAGACAAACUGAGCCUAAAAAACUAGACAAUGACAUCAUGUGAUUUUAACAAAUAGGCUUGCAGCGGUACCUCGGCAUACAAAUGAAUUUUCGCCUUAAGAACUAUAAUUUUGUAACAAGUUAUCCUCGCCAUAUGAAGCGUUUUUCGGCACACGAUCGAACAAACCGAACGCAUGUACGCCUUGGAACGGUCUUAAAACUUGUCCGCGUCGGUGGAAAGCCAAGCAAAGUGAGUUCACAUAUAUUUAGUUUUUUUUCCCGCAUUUUGUGCAAGAUAUAGUGAAGACGUAGGUGCCAAGAGGAAUCAUAAAUUUAGGUUAAGUGAGGUUUAAAAUCUAUUUUUCAUAUUUUACUUCAUUUUCAUGUCUUUUCUAAAUGUUUUGAUUGUUUUUAUAUACAAAAAAUAUGAUUAUAGUGUUGGAAAUUGGUAAUAUUGGGCUGGAAUAGAUUAUCUUGCAUUUACAUUAUUCCUCUUGGGACAAUGAGUUUUAUCUUAAGAACUCUCCUCCGGAACGGAUUAAACUCCUAUGUCGAGGUACCGCUGUAUAUUUAAGUGAUUAUUUUUAAAGUCGUGUCACAGAUACAUCUCUGCUCAACAUUAUGUUGCCGUAUAAAUAUCUUCCCGCUCGCUUGUCCAGCAGCCUGUCACAUUACUGUGUACGAUCUGACAUAGAUCUGACUCGUCCGUACAAUAGUGCCACUCUUGUCAUUUAUUUUAAUUCAUAUAUAGUGGCAUCCCAUGCUGGCACACUUAAAUGCGCUAUUUCAAAAGAGGUAAAGAGGUUGAAGCAACCCCAACCCCCACCAAAUCUACAUCUAAAAGCAUCUGGAACGGUUAGAGUACGUGUCGAUCUGCCCCCUGCUGGUUGCAUGCUGUACUGCUGAAUCAUUGACGAUGUUCACGGCGCUGAAAUCUCUUUGCUGUUUUAUACUCAAUCACUCUAUGCUGUAAUUUUAUUAACUUUUAUUUCUUUAUUUUGUUCUAAUUUUUAUAAAAGAAAACUCUAGGGGAUGUUAAGGAUAACCCAAGCAACCCUCCACCCAUCUAAAUCCAAAUCAUGGGCCUCUGAAAAGACAAAAAACAAGAAUCAUUAAAAGGUCAUUAAAGGAGUUCGGGCUUCUUUUCCUGGUGCUGCUAUAAAUCAUGUCCAAACAAGCAAUUACAAAGUUCUACGAUGAUUCUUUAGCAGCGCCAGAGUUUAUUAGCAUUAUCUUGCUGAAAAACACACUACAGUGUAUGCUUGGUUUUUAAAAUUAGUGCACUCCUUCAGUACGAGGCACUGGUGCUCAUGUACAGGGUGGGUGGAAAGUAACUAGACAUUCAAAAUUUGUAAUAAAGUCUACUACAAGUUCUAUAGUCAAUAAAUAUUGCCUAGGUUUUUUUCACCCACCCUGUAUACAAACUUAUUUAUUAGUUAUUAGCAUUCAUUACACACUCACUUCAAUUCAGUUGCCUCUGUAGUACAUGUGGAUCUGCUCUCUGAUGGCUCCAUGCUGUACUGCUAAAUCACUGAUGGAGGUCACUGUGCUGAAAUCUGUUCGCUGAUGAAACCUGCAUCACUCCAUGCUGUAUCACUGCAUCACUCCAUGCCGUAUCACUGCAUCACUCCAUGCCGUAUCACUGCAUCACUCCAUGCC